AUGAGGAACGCGAUCGCACUGCAGCUGUUGCGACGAUUCCCGAUCUUGACGCACAACGUCGGCAGCUUGCAGCCCCUCCGAUUGCAGGAACUCUCCGUCGCCUACCGCAGCAUCGCGAUCGGCGGCCUCGCAGGUUGUCAGCUCCUACGCGAAUGGAUCGACCAGAUGCUGCGCAAAUGCGCUUUUCGCAGAGUACAGCUCAUCCUUACGGACGCCAACACUGGCCUCGGCAAGAUAGGCAACAUGCAGGUCAACGACGAAUGCGUCGGACAGUACGACAAUGGCCACGAGAACGAGAACGGGGAAAAUCUGCAUUCCCUCAUGCAGAUGCAUUCUCUGGGCGCGCUCAACACCCACUACAAGGUCGGGGCCACCUACAUCGGACAUCCUGGUGCCACUACCAUCGACUACAUCUUUGCCCCAGCGUCACUGAUCCCAGACGCUACCUGUCGCCUGUGGCUGUCAUCGGCACGGUGGACGCGCAAGAGCAAGUACUUCUUCGAUCAUAUUCCGAUCGUUGGCUGCUUCCAGCUUCCCUGCCCUGGACACGGCAGUGCUGUGCGCUCGUGCUGCAGUUGGCCCACCUUAUGUCGAUGCCUUCAGGAAGGACAAGGAGGGGGCGGAUUUCUUCAGGACCUUCAGGACAAUCUAGAAAAGUACCAGGAGGAGUUCGCGGAAGUGCGCACCGACCCCUCGCCUGCCAGGUACAUGCACCUCCUUGUCGCCGUCGCCAGACAGGCCGCUCCCAAGAAUUUCUCCCUCGGCCAGGAGCGCCCCGAAUGGUGCAGACUUGCGACGAGGAGGGGGCUGGACCUGCUGGCGGCACUCGGCGCCUCCAAGCGUUCGGCGUUUCGACGCGACGCUACGGGCGCAGCUGGCAAGGAGGCGAAGCACUUGACUAAGCUCCUGCACAAGCACAUCCGCAGAGUACGUUUACACCAGGACCGCGAUCUGCAGCAGCAGAUGCGAGACGGAAUGCCGAGCGUCGUCUUGUUGAUAUGCAUUCAGCUGCUAGACGUCGUGCUCAUCGGGGGAUUGGAGCCCGUAA